AUGGGUUUCUGGAAUCGCAAAAUCGCCGUCAGCGACGAGGCCGUCACGUCGGCCGUCCAUCUCACGCUGAGACAGUCCUUGGUCCCGAAUCUGUUAGCAAGGAAAGUCACCAUUCUAUUCUUCCUCUGGGGCUUCGCUUACGGUUUACUCGAUACGCUGAAUUCCCAUUUCCAGUCUACCCUGAACAUCUCGGCUGCAAUGGCCAGUGGUCUCCAGGCUUCUUACUUUGGUGCUUAUUUUAUCUGCCCUCUCACUAUUUCGGGCUGGAUUUUGAGAAAGUAUGGGUUUCGUGUGACGUUUAUGACGGGUCUGUCCGUUCUCACCGUCGGGUGUCUUCUAUUCUGGCCAUCGGGAGUCAAACGGUCCUUCGGUGGCUUUUGUGGAAGUAUGUUUGUCGUCGGAGCUGGCUUGUCGACAUUGGAAACUGCCGCAGAUCCAUUCCUGGCUAUCUGCGGUCCGCCCCGAUACAGCGAAAUCCGGCUCAAUCUCGGCCAAGGCGUGCAAGGCGUUGGCACCUUCGUCGCACCGCUACUCGCCUCUCGCGUCUUCUUCGCGCACACAGUAGACACGGCCGCGGGCUUGAAGAAUGUGCAAUGGACAUAUCUCGGUGUUGCAUGUUUCGUUGCGCUGCUGAUCAUCCUGUUCUUCCUCGCGCCCUUUCCCGAAAUCACGGACGCAGACCAGCAGGCCCUCGAGGGCGCGAUUACAAACUCGGCAGAGGAUGUUGGCCCGUUGCGGAAACAGUAUAGUCUGUAUCUGGGCGUCAUGAGCCAGUUUUGCUAUACGGGUGCUCAGGUGGCGAUUGCGGGAUACUUUAUUAAUUUUGCGGAGGAGGCUGGUCGCUCGGCGUCGGAUGCUUCAAACCUCCUCGCCGUCGCACAGGGCUUGUACGCCUUUAACCGUUUCUUGGCAAGUUUUCUCAUGAUGUUCAAGCCCUUCAAGCCUCGGUACAUGCUCUUCGUGUAUCUGCUGGGCUGCAUCGUCUUCAGCAUUGCAUGUAUGAACACGUCGGGCACGACAUCUAUAGCCUUGCUCAUUAUCGUUUUCUGCUUUGAAUCUUGCUGCUUCGCCACCAUCUUCUCGCUCAGUCUCCGCGGGCUAGGUCGACAUACCAAACGCGGAGGCUCGUUCCUCGUGUCUGCUAUUUCGGGGGGGAUGGUAUUCCCACCGAUGAUGGCAGCUGUCAUUGACGACCGCAACGCGCAUAUAGCCAUGGCCAUACCCAUGAUGGGCUACAUUCUCGCUUGGAUUUUCCCUAUAUACGUCAACAUAUACAAACGGGAUAUCAUGGACUCCCAUCGCGACACUGAGGUUAAUGUGACCUAUACGCAUUCCAGCGAGAAGGAGAUUGAGCUCGAGCGGUCGAGGGAGAAUGAGCCUGAGGUUGUCAAUGUUGAGAAUGUGGGGAGUAAGGAGGUUCAGUAG